CAAUGGAAGGAGGCCAGAAAUAGUGACAUGGGUUAAAUAAGAAAAAUCUAUCCAAUCUAUCCAGCUGCACCAUUUAGUCAUCUUUAUGUACCCAAGACUUUGGGAUUUCAAUUUAAAAUUGUGGGGCAAAAUAAAAUACAUCUGUAUUUUAGCUGCAUUAUGUAUGUAAAACAAAUUUGUCACUUUCUGUGAAAAAGCCUGCAGCUAUUUACUUGGCUGUAGUUUUCUUUUGCUAGAAACAAUUUGGUUAUGAACAUAGUAUUUCAUAAUCUGCCAACCUGUCUUUGACGGAAGCUCCGCUUUCUCUUACAUGUCAGGAAAUAAAUGCUCAUAUAUGCACUGUCGUAUUUAUAUUGGUUUUAAUAAAAGUGCGCUAGAAUGCGUUAAACGUCAUGACGAGCUCGUUCAGAAUCGGAUAUUUAUUUCUGAUUGCUUGACGCGAUUUUCUUCUCAUACAUUUCCGUGCAGCACAGUGCUUGAAAACCUCCCGAAUCUGAGCUUCGCCGGACCUCAAUGACCCGGUACAGAAGACUUUUUUUCACUGCAGAAAUGCUGGACGGUUAUUGGAUAAAUGCACCAGAACCGUCACUUCCAGGGAAGCUCAACGUCUCUGGCUGUGAAAGUAGCAGUGGGCAGGCCGGAACGCUUGGUUUCUGCAUGAUGAUUGGAGGAGCUAUCUAAAGUGCCGCCCUCACCUUGAAGAAAUCCAUGGAAAUUUAUUCUAAUUACCCUCGUUGUAUCGAUGGCACGUCGCAUGAAUGGACAGGAGGCACUGCAGGCUGUUCGGAAAUGGAUGGAAGAAAGUGAAAAUGAAGAUUCAUCUGCGCCCGAAGACUGCGACACUGAUGAAGAACUGUGUCAUUUUCAAGAUCGGCUUGAUCCAGCGGUGGAUGACCUCUCCGAAGAUGAAGAUGGAUCUGUACCUGCAGCGUCGGUCAAAGUGGAUCACGUGACUGCGAGUUCAGCUUUUGCAAAGCGACGACGCACGUCCCCUGCAUCACAAUCGACUCGGCCAAGUUCAUCAUGGAACUCCGAAGAAGAUACUGAUGUGGGUCCACCUGCCCUGAUGUUCAAGCCUACCCGACCACCUGGAGUGCAGCUGAGUCCAGAGGACCGUCACACGCCGCUGGAUUUAUUCAAGAUGUUUUUUAGCACAGAUGCUGUGAAGACACUCUGCAGGAAUACCAACCGACGCGCCGCCAUGCAUGUUGCUGAAGGAAAGAAGUAUAAAUGGACUGAUGUCUGUGUUGAGGAAUUUUAUAAGUAUAUUGGACUUGUUUUUUACAUGGCUAUGGUGAAGUUGGACCACAUAACGGACUACUGGCGACAGAACACGUUUUUUUCACAGAUUCUCCCGCCGAAAGUCAUGAGCAGGGACAGGUACAGGACAAUUUCAUGGAACGUUCACAUGAGUGAUCCUGAUGCUGACCCUGCAAAUGACCAGAAGCUCGGAACACCGCAGCACGACAGAUUGUUCCGGUUGAAGCCUCUCAUGACCACGAUCCAGGAUGCUUGCAAAGCCUUCUAUCAGCCACGCAGGAGCCUUGCUGUGGAUGAAAGAAUGGUAGCAACCAAGGCAAAGACUCGGAUGACACAGUAUAUGAAGGCAAAACCUACCAAGUGUGGAUUCAAGCUGUUUGUUCUCGUGGACUGUAGCAACGGAUAUACAGUAGAUUUUUCCGUGUUCACGGGAAAGGAUGACUUCCGGUCAGGGCAAGGACUUUCAUAUGACAGUGUGAUGUCACUUCUGAAUCGUCGCUACCUGGGAUGUGGGUAUCACGUGUACAUGAACAAUUUCCACACUAGCGUAAAGCUUUUGACGGACCUGUUCUCACAAAGCGUUGGUGCUUGCGGGACAUACAGAGACAACAGGAAGGGCUGUCCCCGCCCCCCAUCAAAUGCUAUGUCCGAGGAGUCUGCUAGAGGAACAUUCAGGUGGAUCCGGGAUGGCCCAACGGUCUUCGUGAAGUGGACGGACGCACGAGAGGUAUCCGUCUGCUCCACUAUCCACAGUGCUUACAAAGGGGAUGAAGUACAGAGAAGAGUGAAGUCCAGAGGUGGCACCUGGACUACAAAGACUUUUCCUUGUCCUUCUCCAGUUGUAGAGUACAACAGUCACAUGGGUGGUGUUGACCUCUCAGAUAAACUUAUUCAGUAUUACUCAGCGCAGCACAAGAAUAUGAAAUGGUACAGAAAACUGUUUUUACAUUUCCUAGACAUUGCUGCCACUAACGCCUACAUCUUACACAAAGAGCUGUCGGCAUCAGUGCGGCAGAAGCCUAUGUCGCACAAGGACUUCAUGGAGGAGCUUAUCGUGCAGCUGUGUGGCUGCACAAGGAAGUAUCCACGACAACGUCAUUCCGAACAUGUUCCAGUGCCAGUGAACCCGGUGAACCCAGACGUCGGCAAAGUGGCAUCGUAUGGCCGUAGGACUUGUAUUCUGUGCAGAGAGGAUGGCAAGAGGCAGAACACUCCCUGGAAAUGUCAGGCGUGUGAUGUUCCACUCUGCCUACAGCUUACAAGGAACUGUUUCCAAGAGUGGCACAAGAAACUGUGACUGCAAAUCGCUUCCCCGUGUAUAUGGUUUGUUUGGUGUGUGUAUCUGCAGUUGCUUAUGUUUAUAAAAUUACAUUGUAA